AUGGUACCAAAAAACCAGGUGUUUGUCGGCGACAUCUUAAAAGUGAAAAAGGACGAGCUAUUCCCUGCAGAUCUUUUGUUUUUGUCAUCAAGUGAAGCAGAAAAACAGUGUUUUAUUGGAACAUCAAACAUAGAUGGUGAAACUAAUUCAAGGAUUUGCCACUGCCUAAAAUGUACGUCACAUUUGCAAAACGAGGAAGAUAUUAGCUCAUUCUCUUGCGAAAUCACAUGUGAAGAACCAAACGGAGACGUAAACAAGUUCAGUGGUACACUGACCACAAAGGACGGAAUAAAGUCGUCUUUAGGUGUCUUUUACUUUUACAUAUACGGCGUUCGCCAACAGUUUCGAUCAAAAAUUGCUCUUACAGGACCACAGCAACUAUUACUUCGCGGUGCUGUUUUGAAAAGCACAGCAUGGAUUUAUGGCGUAGUGCUCUACACUGGUCAUGAAACUAAACUGCAGCUUAAGUCAACCGUGGUGCCUCAAAAACAGUUUAGUUUUAUCAAAAAAUUUUUUACCACUUUGCUUUCGUCUUAUUUGAUGCUCGCUUAUAUUCAAAUGUUUUUAAGGCCAAAGAUGGAGAAAACAAUAAACCAGAAAAAUUUCGUUCUCUAUUCAAUUUUGCUAUUACUGCUUGUAGUUUGCGCAAUUCUUGCUUACAUUUAUAAAACUUGGUUCAUAAUGAAUGCGUACUACCUGCCUCCAUCAAGUUUUCGAAAUUCACUUCUUUCAAGCUUCCUUAUAUUUUUAAGCCUCUUCAACAAUUUGGUGCCUAUUUCGUUAAUGGCAACACUUCAACUAAUAAAAUUUCUCCAAGGUUUUUUGAUUAGCCACGAUGUAGAAAUGUAUGACGAAUACACAGACACUCGUACUUCAGUAAAAACUUCAAAUUUAAACGACGAGUUAGGACAGGUUGAUAUUGUAAUAUGCGAUAAGACUGGAACUUUAACAAAUAAUGUGAUGAAAGCUAAAGCUUUUUGUGUUGCUGGAGUCAAUUAUGACUUUACUGUCUCGAGAAAUGACUUGGAAAUUAAGCAGGUUGACCGUGAAACUUUCAAGGAGUUUUUGCACGUGCUUACACUCUGUAACACUGUAAAUUUAGAGGAAAAGGGCAAAACUGUAAAUUUAGAGGAAAAAGGCAAAACUGUAAAUUCAGAGGAAAAGGGCAAAGGAAAGAUUAUUUAUACUGGAUCAUCUCCUGAUGAAGUGGCCUUAGUUCGAGCCGCGAAACUGUUGAAGUUCAAAUUAUAUGAGCGGCGUUCUGACUACGUCACAGUUGAAGAGCUCGGUGAUAAAGUAGAAUAUCAAAUUCUAAAUGUGCUGAAUUUUACGAGUGAGAGAAAAAGAAUGACUGUUAUUGUUCGGUGCCCAGAUCAAACAGUAAAAGUUUACACUAAAGGAGCGGGAUAUCGAAUGCUGAGCUUUGCAUAUCGCGAACUUGACGAAAUUUUUUAUCACACUUGGGAGGAGAAGUACAAAAAAGCUUGCAAUUGUUCAAAGGAAGAUCAACGAGACAAAUUAAUUGAUGAAUGUUAUGCUGAAAUUGAGAAAGAUCUUAACUUAAUUGGAGCUUCAGCAUUAGAGGACAGCUUGCAAGAGGAUGUUCCAGAAACAGUAAAAUUUGUGACAGAAGCAGGAAUUCGCGUCUGGAUGGUAACAGGCGACGAGUUCGAGACUGCAUAUGGUACUGCGUGCGCUGCAGGAAUUUGUUCUGCCCAAAGUGACGUGCUGCAUAUAAAUUUGGAGGGCCAACCACCUAUUCGGGCAUCUAUAGAGAAGCUUAUAACGGAAACGAAAAGACUACUGAAAGAAGGAAAAAAAUUUCUUCUUGCUAUAAAAGGAGAUGAACUGCAAGAUGCUCUUGAAGAAUCUUGCCGUCAUGAAUUACUGCAAUUGUUAAUGUGUUGUCAUUCUGUUAUUUGUCACCGUGUAUCUUCCAAGCAGAAAGCAGAAGUUGUUAAAUUGGCUCAAGACAAUGGAAAAAAUGUUGUUUUAGCGGUUGGGGAUGGAGCGAACGAUGUUCCGAUGAUUCACGCGGCAAAUGUUGGAGUUGGCAUAUAUGGUCAAGAAGGUUUGCAAGCUGUAAAUGCCAGCGAUUAUAGCAUACCGCGAUUUCGUUUCCUCAAAAGAUUAUUGUUUUUUCACGGAGUUUGCAGUCAUCAGCGAAAUGCAAAGGUUAUUCUGUUGUUCUUCUAUAAAAAUAUUUGUUUUUUUCUGGUUGGAUUGUGGUCUGGAUUCUUUUCCACAUUUUCUGGCCAACCAUUCUUUGGCCUGGCUUCUAUGGCUCUAUUUAAUUUACUUUUCUCAGCAGUCGAGCCGUUAAUGCUGGGCAUAUUUUUUAUACCUUUCUCUGAAAAAGAACUUCUUACGCAACCUAAGAAUUAUAAAGCUUUAAAGGAGGUACAUUAUAAGAACCAUAAAUGUUUCUACUUGAAGACUGUUAACGAAAAGUUUAGCUAUAUGGUAUUUUGUACUGCAUUUUAUUAUUUGAAAAUAGCUAUUUCUACUACUGUAUUACAUAUUGAUAUACCCACUUUGCUCCACGCAAGAAAAUCAAAAUGCGGACUAUUGACAAUUGCAGAAAUAACCAGUUUAUUUCAGGACUUUUUAUUGUCUAUUCUGAUGGCAGGUCUUCACUCAGCAGUAUUGUACUCUUCUUCUGUUUUAUUUGUAUCUCAUUCUGCACUGUGGAGUAACGGCCACACGGAAGGACAUUUAAUGCUUACAAAUUCCUACUACGCACAGGCUUGGCAGUACGUAUCACUGGGAGCUGACGCGUGCAGGUUAUUUCUUAUGAUGUUUAAGUCUCCAAGUUUUUGGUUCGCUUUAGUUAUAAUUCCUAUAGGAACUUUACUUACCGGAUUCAUUUUAAAAGCGUUGUUUUGGGCGUUGGUUGCUUUAUUAUCUGAACCUCUCACUGCGGAUAGAUAUGGAAGUAAUGAAACUCUUUACCCUGAAUCAAGCAGACUUGAAACGGAGCAGCUUGUGGCUCAUGAUGAAGAGGGGGACAUAAACGAAUACGAAAUGACUUUCAAAAGUUUUAGGAGCGAAGUUUGUGGAAGGACCGUGAAAAAUCUUGAAACAUCACCGUAA